UUUGCGCUGCUGAUUUCUUGGAUGGCUCUGCCUCUAUCCUAGGGAAUUUUUAGUGCUGCCAGCAAUGCACCCACGGCUGCUCAAUCACGAUCACGUGUCGAUACAUUGAAAAACGGGGCCAAAUUUACAAGAGUUGCGAGUUCGCCUCUGCAUUACUACGCGAUGUCAAUUACAAAUGAUGAACAAAUUCUAAACUUAUUAACUCUUAAUUGCUGGGGCAUUCCACUUGUAUCAAAAAAUAGGUUGUAUCGAAUGGAGGCGAUUGCUGAGAAAUGUGUGACAGAUGAUUAUGAUGUCGUUUGCCUGCAGGAAAUUUGGUCAGUUAGUGACUUCAAAAUGAUGAGAGCCAAAGUUUGCGAGAAACUACCAUAUUCACAUUAUUUCUACAGCGGUGUUGUGGGAUCGGGCAUCUGUAUGUUUUCUCGUUUCCCUAUCCAAGACGUAAUGUUUCAUAAAUGGCCAUUGAACGGAUAUGUGCAUAAAAUUCACCAUGGUGACUGGUUCGGUGGAAAGGGUGUCGGUCUUUGCAAAAUAAAGCUCAAAAAUUUUAUUAUCAAUGUUUAUGUGGCGCAUCUACAUGCUGAAUACAACAGGGAUAAUGAUGAGUACAAGGCUCACAGAGUGCUGCAGGCAUUUGAUACUGCACAGUUUAUUAGGAUGACUAUGGAAGGAUCAGAUGCAGUAGUUCUUGGAGGAGAUUUGAAUACGGAGCCAAAAGAUAUAGCUUAUCGCAUCAUACGCGGUGUCGCUGGCCUUGAAGAUGCCUGCUCAAUUAGUAAUAGUAAGUUAGGGACCAAUGAGUGUGCCAACAACAGUUACACACCUAAAAAACUAGCUAAGAAAGAACCAGAUGGAAAACGCAUUGAUCAUAUCCUAUAUCUCGGCUCAAAGAACUCUAAGAUUGAAGUAGCUAACUAUAAACAUCCUUUUCCUAAAAGAGUUCCAAACAAAGAUUUUAGUUAUUCAGACCACGAAGCAAUCAUGGCAAGCUUCAAGUUAAGAAAAGGAGAAUUUGACAAAAUUGUGGGGCCUGAUGUGAAGGAAUCAUUAAAAGAGGCUCUUGCUAUCUGCCAGCUCGCUCUGAAAUCAAUAAAGCGUGAACGUAUCUGGUACUUGAUAGCAAGUUGUAUAUUAGUUGUACCAUUAAUUUGGUCAAUGGGACUUGAGUACAAAACACCGUACAUCGGAAUAAGCAUCGGUAUUAAUGUAGGUCGCCUUUUCUUGACAGCAGUAUUGUGUUAUAUAAUUUUUAUGAGCACAUUAUGGAACAGUGUAGAAAAAAAUGCUCUAAAAGCUGGAUAUCGGGCAAUGGAGCUUCACUUGAACCAAUUGAAUAACCAGCUAAGUUCAACAUGACACACUUUGCAAGUUUACGUAUAUCAAACAUGCAUGUAAUUGUACUAUAUUGCAAGCAUCUUGAUACCACAAAUAUCUAUUGGUCUAUACUGAACAUUUAAUACUACCUAAAGCUUUAGAAUAUUUUUCAUUAUCUGCUAAGAUAUAGACAUCGUAGGGAAAUUUUAAUAAUAUUUUUUGGGAGUAGGUACUCCCGACUAUAAACAGUGAUCGAGGGCAUCUAAAUUUUGUAAGUAUUAUGGUUCAAGCUCGAGUUUUCAUUUUCAGUAAUUCUAGAGAUCCUGUUCCACAGAGCGCAUAACUAGCCAUUAAUUUGAUCUGUAAUUGUCAAAUGUAACAAACAGAGUAUACAUUUACGAAACGAAAAAUUACGCUCACGAGAGAAGCUGUCAAAAGCACUGUGAUAUUUUAAGUCGAUAAUUCGAUGAAUCAUAUUUUGCAAGAAAAUCACGAAAAAUUUUACUGUAAAAAGCAGUUUAUAAUGCACUUCUAGAAUGCUUAAUUGGAAAAAUAGAUAUAAAUUUGAUACAAUACGUGGCUUGGUUAAUAUUGAUCUCAACAUGGCUUAGUUCUUGCAAGAAAAAUCUCAUGAUAAAAUACUUGGCCUCAUUAACUGCUGUUCAAAUACUUUGUUUAUUAUCACUUUAGUCUAUCACAAUUAUCAUGUAUGAAAGUUUCCACUACAAGUUACAUGCUACUUAUUAUUUUUAAUAUAUGUACUACUCAAGACGUUCUCUUAUAAUAGGGAUUUUUGUUUAUUAUUGAUUAUUUUCAUACAGAGUAUUGAACUGUGGCCCAAUAGAACAUUUGAUGCUCAAAUAGACAAUAAAAUGAAUGUAACAUGUUUUUCGGUAGGAAAUAUCGUUAAAGGGCAAGUGGCUGAAUACUUGAUGUAUUUAGAGAAAUUACCCAUUUAUAAAUGCAAGGGAUAGUUGUAAGCUAUUCCAGCAAAUGUUGCAUAUUCAUUUUGUAUUUACAAUUGCUGUCCCGGUGAUAUGUUUAAUAAACGAAAUGGACUACAUUAGUAACAUUGUUAACAAUUCACCUAUUCCGCACUUUUGCAUCCUACUUUAAUUAAUGAUUAAUUAGUAUAGAAAUAGUAAGUAAUGUAUACAAGCUAAUGUUAUACUGUAGUACUUCAACAUUAAACCUACCACAAGCAGUCAAAUGACCGUUAUUAAGGUUUCGUGUAAAUUACCUAUGUACAACGUUAUUAUAUCGCAAUUUAACUUACGAGUUCUCUUCAAUUACACUUGCAAUGAAAUACAAUGCGAUUUUCAAUACA